GGCAUUAGCCAGGCCAGCUGUUUCCCCCCAGUCCCGUUAAGAGGCUCAGUCCUGGCGUUGCACAGAGCCAGUUUGGUUCAAGUCUGAAGCCGGCAGUGGGCUUUUAUACCCCUGUGUUAGUGAGCGGCUGUGGGGCCACACUUGCACUGUGGCUGGGGGAGCCCGUGGAGUCGUCUCCCCUCCACUCUGAUUGUUGUGUCUGAAUUGACCCUCUUGUGUUUCCAGGGGCAUUUCCUGGCUGUCCCGUCCAUGCCAGCCCCGAGUAGCAGAUGAAAGCCGAGCUCAGCGGGUAUUUAUCUAGAUCCCACCUGCUCUGUUCUCACUCAGCAGGGCUCCAAUCCCAAUACUGGAUGGAGCGAGGGGAAGAGCUGCACGUCCCAGAUCUCAGCAAAGGCGAGGACGAUGAGAGCGGGCCGGGCCCCCAAACAGGUGAGAGGCUGGCGAGCAUGGCUGGGGCAGAGGAUGCUGCACCGGGAAGAGGUGGCACCAGCACCGAUGUGGAGCUGGUGGGAGCGUGGCACAAAGACCCUGCUGUGGGGGCAGAGGAAGUUGUGCGAGGAGGCAGUGCCAGGGUGGAGGAGGCUGUACCAGGAGGUAGCGCUGAUGCAGAGCUGGCGCGGCACAGAGGCGCCACCAUUAGGUGGCCCUUUAAAUGCAGUGAGUGUGGGAAGAGCUUCCGGCAGAGUGCCACACAGACAAGGCACCAGCUCCUCCAUGCGAGCGAGAGGCCUUACAUCUGCACCACCUGCAGCAAAGGCUUUUGCGACCAUGCGGCGCUGGCCACGCACCAGCGGGCGCACACAGGUGAGCAUCCCUUCCCCUGCCUGCCGUGCGGCAAGGCCUUUGCUGGCAGCUCAGCGCUGCUGGUGCAUCAGCGAGUGCACACCGGUGAGCAUCCCUACCGCUGUGGGGAGUGCGGGCAGAGCUUCCGGCAGAGUGCCCACCUGGCACAGCACCAGCAGGGCGCCCACGCCAGCCAGCGCCCCCACGCCUGCACUCACUGCAGCAAGAGCUUUGGGCUGCUCUCCACGCUGGCACGGCACUUGCAGACACACAGUGUCGAACGCCCCCAUGCCUGCCCUGACUGCCCCCGCUGCUUCCGCCAGCGAGCCCACCUGCUCCGGCACCGGCUAGCGCACACAGGUGAAUGUCCCUUCCCCUGCCUGGUCUGUGGCAAAGCCUUUGCCCUGAGUGCCACAUUGCUGCGGCACCAGCUGGUGCACACGGGUGAGCGCCCCUACCGCUGUGGGGAGUGCGGGCGCAGCUAUACACAGAGCUCCUACCUGUGCCAGCACUAG